CAACCGAGCGCAACGCGGACUUUGGAGCUCCGUCGGCACGGCCAGGAGAGCGGCACCGACACGCCGUCGACGCGCCGGGGCAGCUCCUCGAGCCCCCACGCCUCGGAGCCCGGCCGCACGCACCAUAAAAGCGCCGCCGGGCAGCCCUGCGAGCCGCCCGCCCAACCCAGCCCCCAAGGAUGUCGACCUACGAGGGCAACGAGGCCGCCGAGAUCACGCCCCAGGAGGAGAACCAGUUACGACGAGUUCAUCGCUUGUUGUGCGACUACGGCGCCAAAAAAAAGGUCCUCAAAUUACUGAGACCGAAGCAGGACCAACUCGAAAAGCUGCGACAGUCCGCCGACGACGAGCAGGCCGAUAUUUUGGUGGCGUCGGAGAUCCAGUCGCUCGAGACGGACGUCGAGAAGCUCCGGCAGGACCUCCAGGAAAUUGAGAAGAAGAGCGACGGACUCGUCUCAUGCGUCGACCUCCUCGAGGCCCUGAAGACGCUGGGCCGCAAGGCCCAGAAGAAGGACGCCGAGGCCAUGAUCUGGGAGGUCGACGAGGAUCUCGACGGCUGUGUGAGCUGGGACGAGAUGCGGCUCAUGUUCCAGCGGAACAUCCGAGAUACGACGGGCCUGGAGCCGUCGCAAUUGUUCAAUGUCGUCAUGUUCCUCAUCUUCGACUUGGAUGAAGAUGGCAUGGUUUCUGUGGAUGAGACGAUGGAGCUGCUGUACGCGCGCUACGGGAGGCACAAAAUGGAGGACCGGUUGAAGAUGCUCUUUGGGGACGACAUGAAGGAGGAGGGGAAGGGUGGCGGGGAAAUUGAUUUUGUCACUUAUCUGCGAGCGGUGGAAAAGACGCAAUUAGCUACCUUCCUCCAAUCGAACUACGGCAAAGCUCUGGUGAACAAGAAGCAGGGCAAUCCUGAGAGGGUCGUCGGGAAAGCCCUGAUGGACGACCUCGCGGCGUCGGACCCCGCGCUGGCGGCGAAGCUCAUGGCCGGCGCGCCGAACCAGGCGUCGCACAAGAUGCGGAAGUAAGAGUAGUAUCUAAGCUUAGCCUGAGG